AUGCUGGAUGAGUUUCAGGGUUACUACGGCCUAUUUAUAGAAGAAAUCGACAAGCUACAGUUCCCAGAGGACGAGAAAGGCUAUUUCAAAACGCACAUGUAUGCGAAAACUAGAAACUCCAGCAUCAUCCACGUAGUCAACAACACGGCAGCCUUGGCAGUGAACCAACGAAAUGAUGCCUUUCAGCUAAUAAAUUAUAAUAUCUCUGGCGGAAAACGAAUUCGCGGCGCACUAGUUCCAGCCGCGAUGGAAGCUUUCAAAUCUAAACAAUCAACUCGUAAAUGCCACGUGCGCGAGGCGCAUCUCAUUGGGUGGUGCAUUGAAUUGAUUCAUGCUGGGUUUCUGGUGUUGGACGAUAUUAUGGACGAUUCCCCGGUACGCCGCGGAAAACCCUCGUGGUUUCACACUCAGCAGGCGGCCGGUUACGGACUAAUUUCCGUGAAUGACGGCAUACAUCUGAUACUCACCGCCAAAUUUCUUUUAUAUUCGAUCUUCGAUAAAUCUGCAGAAAAUGAUACAGUCCUACUGCGGAUAAUACGGCUGUUUGAUGAAGUCUGUUACAAAACAUGUUGGGGACAGAAUUUGGACACGAUAUACUCGCAAACUAUGCGUUCUACGGCUGCUGAUUCUACUACCAACGUGGAUCUUGAUAAAUACACAUGGAAAAACUAUGAAAAAAUAACGCGUUGGAAGACGGGAUUUUAUACAUUCUACUUGCCAGUGGCGUGUGGCAUGGCAUUGGCUGGGAUCCAGGAAGCCAGCUGCUACGAUCAGGCAGCCAACAUCCUGUUAAAAUUGGGACAGUAUUUCCAGGCCCAAUCACGGGCAAAGUUGGCACAGACAUUGUGGAUGGAAAAUGUUCAUGGCUUGUUGUUACAUGUCUUUCCAAAGCUUCGGAAAAGCAACUUCAGACCAUCAAAGAGAGUUAUGGGCACAAAGACCCUGGGGCGGAAGCCACCGUACGCCGUGUUUUCGAAGAGUUGGGCUUGCGUGAUGCCUUCCGGAAAUACGAGGAAGAUAUGCGUGCUGAAAUCGAGCAUGAAGUCUCCAAUUGUGAUCAAAUCAAUUGUUCCGAUUUGUUUGAAGAAAUCAUUCAGUUGCUUUUUGGACGAGUUCAUUGAUCUCUUACCCCAUUGUCUGUGA